AUGCAGCCCACGGUCUCAGGCGUCGCGGCCCGCAGGCUGGAGAAGACAGACUCAGUCGUUGUGGAGGACGAGCUGCGUCGCUCCAAGACGCGUGCGAUCUUCCCGGACCGGGGAGCGAACCUGCAACUCCAGUGCCGUCGGGCGGGGUCUUUACUAGACCCACCCCCAGGGAAGCCCUCCGCGCAGGUGGUGGCCCCAGCGAGAAGCGAGUCUGAAUUUGCAGCGGCAGCUAAUGCAGGAGCCGGAAGCCACACGCGGCAAGCCCUCCUGAGACUCUCCGGGAGCGCUUCCGGCUUCGACCCUUAUGAGCGGGGUGUGCCUUCGGGGCCAAAGGGGAGGUGUCGGAGCGCCUCGGAUUGGCCGUGGGGCUUCCGUGGAAACACGGCUCCCCCUGCUGGUGCGGCGCUCAUCCGCGUGAACGAAACGGAAGGAACGGCAACCAGCCCGUCCAAGGGCAGCUUCGCUCGCUUCUCGGGGCCGGGAAAGGGCACAAACAUACCCGAUCACAUCGGCCAGGCUGCAGACACGGCUGCGUCCGCAAGAGCCCGGCCCCGCGCGGACCCCUCCCCGCGCCCCGCGCCACCCCGGGACCUCUGCGCGCCCCACAUGGAGGCGCGCGCGCUGGCCGAGGCGGACGCCGCCGGCCCCAGAGAAAGACCCGCGGAGCCCACCGCGGACGCUCCCGAGCCCGAGCCGCUCACCUACCGGCCGGAAGAUUUCCACAUGCGGGCCACCGUGGGGACAGGGACGUUCGGGCGUGUGCAGCUAGUCCAGGAGAAGACGAGCAAGCAUUUCUUCGCUCUGAAGGUGAUGACCAUCCCCGACAUCAUCCGCCUGAAGCAGGAGCAGCACGUCCACAACGAGAAGUCGGUGCUCAAGGAAGUCAACCACCCGUUCCUGGUCAAACUGUUCUGGACGGGCCAUGACGACCGCUUCCUGUACAUGCUGAUGGAGUUCGUGCCGGGCGGCGAGCUCUUCAGCUACCUGCGGACCCGCGGCCGCUUCACCAGCAACACCGGGCUGUUCUACGCGGCCGAGAUCGUCUGCGCCAUCGAGUACCUGCACGCCCGGGACAUCGUCUACAGGGACCUGAAGCCGGAGAACAUCCUGCUAGACAGGGACGGCCACGUCAAGCUCACCGACUUCGGGUUCGCCAAGAAGCUGGUGGACAAGACGUGGACCCUCUGCGGGACCCCCGAGUACCUGGCCCCCGAGGUCAUUCAGAGCAAGGGCCACGGCCGAGCGGUGGACUGGUGGGCGCUCGGCAUCCUGAUAUUCGAGAUGCUCUCGGGGUUUCCUCCGUUUUUCGAUGACAACGCCUUUGGCAUUUAUCAGAAGAUUCUCGCUGGCAAGAUAGACUUCCCCAGACAUUUGGAGUUCACUGUCAAAGACCUCAUCAGGAAACUGCUUGUUACCGACAGAACAAGGAGACUGGGGAACAUGAAGAAUGGAGCCGAGGAUGUCAAACAGCAUCGGUGGUUCCGGCUCGUGGACUGGGGCGCGGUCCCCGAAAGGAAGCUGAAGCCCCCCAUUGUCCCCAAGCUGUGCGGUGAAGACGACACCUCCAACUUCGAAGCGUAUCCUGAGAACGACUGGGCUUCUGCCCCGCCGGUGUCACAGAAGGAGCUGGAUGUCUUCAAGAAUUUCUGA